CGAUACCUUCAGGCUCUUGCUUGGGAAUUCGGUCUUGUUAUCUACCUUCGCUCGUACUGCCAAUAUGCUCUCUUGGUCGUCCCUCUUCUUGCUCGCCACCAGCGCCCUCACUUUGGCGACUCCUCUGAGGACACGCGAUGCAGGCACAACUCUACUGGUGAACGAUCUUCUGCGACUCGAUCGAGCAAUCAGAACCAUCACCUACGCCGCCGGAAACUAUACAGGCGGACAAGCUGCAUACCAGCCAAUUCGCGAGUCAUUCGCUGAGGUUAACCGUACCAACCGUAUCGCAUACUAUGAUGCCAUGACUAUCGACCCUCAAAACUUCGCCGAAAGCAAUCAGAUCAUUGCUGUCGUUGCGAACCCAAUCGCUCCAGACAUCACACAAGCAGUCAAUGCCCUCAUUGCCAAGAAAGCUCUUAUUGACGCAGCUGGUCUUUCCAAGGAGACUGCCGAUGGCCUGAAUUUGAUCUCGUACGAUCACGACACUCUGAGCUUGGAAGCCGUAGCGCCAAAGCUGGAUCCAACUACUAUUCCCAUCGCUGCUGGGCCAGUUUUGCAGAUCGAUCUCGACUGGAGGAGAGGUGUUGUUGCGUUUGGUGGCGUACCGCUUGCUCCCAUCACUAUGUAAGGCAGGCGGCUGAGCUGUGAAGCGAUGGUGUCUUGGAAUCUCAGUCUUGCUAGCUAGCUGUAUAAAAGCUAUAUAUACUUCAAAAAGAAUCCCAGCCUUUCUCAC